ACAAAUUUCGUCCUGAGUCAGUUUACUGCUCUAUUUUUCGCCGGAAUUUUGAGAGUCUUCCUAAAACCAGGUCUUGUUGCUCCAGCGACCCGACAUCUGUUUGGUCUUGUUGUUGGACUUCUUCUGGGAUACUUUUGUUUUGGCAAACAAGCUGCUCAUUUGGCAGGAUUACCGGCAUUAUGCUUCAUUGCAAUGCGUACUCAGGACCCAAGAUGUGUGCAAAGAGUUGUUCUCACUCUGGCUCUCGGGUACCUUUCUUGUGUACAUUAUUACCGCCAAAUUUAUGCAUACGGAUCAUAUACACUUGACAUUACUGGUAUGAUAUUUAUUAAACUUAUGGAAUUAAUUAUUAUCUUUUAG